CUGCGAUGAAGGCGUUUGUGAUCCUGUCGGCCAUCGCGGCCCUCGUCGCGUCCUCGGACGUCGUCGUCAAGUACAGCGCGCCCAACCUCGUCAAGGGCGCGGAAGGCCGCUCGGGAAAGGCCGACGUCCUCUCGCUGACCCGCCAUGCCAUGGAGUCGCUCGCGCUGCCCGAGGCCGUCGUGCCUGUGGAGCCGCUCGCGGUCUCGGCCGACCUCUUCAAGCACACGGCCGGCUACGGCUUUGUCGUCGUCGAGGGCGCCGGCGAAGGCUUCGCCCCCGAGAAGGCCGACUACGCUUUCCAAAAGACGAUGGAUCUGCAGGAGGCGUCGACGGGGCAGCUCCCGCACCUCGUGAGCGUCUUGGCGCAGGGCGUGAAGGGCAAGAAUGCCAAGAACGUCGUCGUUUGCGUUGGCGACAGUGUCUGCGGCAGCGUCGACAAGCAGUUUACGGACGCGCUCUCGACGACGAACGCGGCGACCGUGGAGGCGUCGCUCUGGUCGGCCCUUCCGGCGUUGCAGUCGGCGAACACUGCCGACCAGCUCGUGGUGCGCGAGCUCACCAACUUGAAGCUUGUGAUCGAUUCGAUCAAGAACGCCGACAAGAGCGUGCAGGGUCUCUACGUCGCUUCGAUCUCGGACUUGAGCGGCCUUGCAGCUGAGAAGCAGGACGCGGCCAAGGCCGUCGUCGCCUCGACGGUCCAGGACCUGCAGAAGGCGCUCAAGGAGCAUUACAUAAAUGCGGGUCUGCAAGUGCUGACGCUCUCGCAGAAGAUGAAGAUUGACAUGGUGGAGCUCUCGGCCUCGGUCGCUCUCGCCCGCCAGCUGAGCCUGAGCGCCAACGCGACGGUGGCCGACAAGACGGCCGCUGCGCCGCUUACGAUCGAGAACAUUGCCGAGUACCAGAUCAUUCUCUGGACCGCGGUCAUCUUGGCCGUCGUCACGUUCCUCGCGAUCUCGGUCUUGUGCGGCAUGGACGCCAACCGCGACAGUUUGCUCUACGCCAAGUUCCUCACGGAUGCUAGCAACCGCAAGAACGACUAGACGUAGCGCUCACACUUUCGUUUGAAUAAAGUUGCUCUGUCCGCGCC